CAGGUAGAUUAAUUCUCCGCCUCCCCAAUCAAGGUAGACUCAGACAGAUGAUGAGUUCGUUCGAUCCACAGACCCAGUCCUCCUCUUGCUGUAGCCCCCAGUUCCCCAACAUUGGUCAAGAACCACCAGAGCUGAACAUCUUUUGUGAGAGCUUCUUCCAUCAGCAGAAUUCCCAGAGACCGUCCAGCUAUGACCUGGAGGACUACAGCGCGACUGGUAACCCCUACCUUUGGUUAAACGGACCCUCGAUGAACACAUCACCUUACUUGGCAGGAACCAAUUCCAGCCCCUUCAUCCCCCAGUCCUAUGGGAUGCCAAGGCAGUUUCUGCCCAGCGGCUCGGGUUUGGGAGGAGCAGACUUGGGGUGGCUGUCCCUCCCGAAUCAGGAAGAGCUGCUGAAGCUAGUCAGGCCCCCCUAUUCCUACUCAGCACUCAUUGCCAUGGCCAUCCACGGGGCUCCGGAGAAAAGACUCACGCUCAGCCAAAUCUACCAGUAUGUGGCAGAUAACUUCCCGUUUUACAACAAAAGCAAAGCUGGGUGGCAGAAUUCCAUCAGACACAACCUCUCUCUGAAUGACUGUUUCAAGAAGGUGCCGAGAGAUGAAGAUGAUCCAGGUAAAGGCAAUUACUGGACCCUGGAUCCCAACUGUGAAAAGAUGUUUGACAACGGAAAUUUCCGACGCAAGAGGAAGAGGAAAUCGGAUCCCAGCCCUAGCGGUGGGACUAUUGGAUCAGAGAAACCUGACGACAGUACUUCCAAUAGUCAGAAGACAUCGCAGAGUCCGGGGGUCCUAGACAGCCCCUCCAACGCAACAGACAGCUCUCUGGAAAAGAGAUCGCCUCCCCCUGUCUCCGCUCCUUGCCUCAACAACUUCAUAUCCAGUAUGUCUACCUACAACAAUGGUGGCCAUUCGGCAGGCAGGCAGGGACCAGCGAGUGAUACCUCACAGAGAAUGGGACAGAAUAUGAUGGGCUUUAGCACGUAUUCACCCUCCAGUAAUAUCCUGGGUCAGACUGCGUCCGAAUGGUCUGACCCAGGAGCGUCAAAUCGCUACGGCUACUCCUCGGUCCUCAAUCAAUUUAACAACCAUUUCUACAGCAGCAUCAAUGCAAACAGUCUGCUCUAUUCCAGGGAUGGGACAGAGGUAUGAAGGGAAGAUGCACAGAAUGAAGGAUCAGUUGUAAAAUAAAACCUCUUAAAAGGGCCCAUUUAUCACGUGUAGUUGUAUGGGCAACACCUUGCUACAUUUCAUAAACUUUAAAAUUUCAGUAUUCUAACUUAUAAUUGUGACAAUAAAUAGGAAUCUACUGAACUUUAAUCCAGAUCAGAAAGAUCAGGCUCGGAGAGUCUGCUGAUGGGAGGGCUGCUGAAUCAAGGGUUGGGUUUAUUAGAUUGGAGCAUUUAGAAAGGUAUAAAGUGACCUGUUCCUGGGGUAUUGGUUCAAGUGGGCUGUCUGACUCAUUUAACAACAAGCAGGAGCUCAGUUCAUUUUCCUUCUCUGGUCCAGAAAAGCUGAAGUCAGUUGAUGCAUCCCUACUGCUGUCCUGGUUAAGUUAAGCAAACUCAGGAGAAACUAGGGAUCAGGUCUGUAUUGGUGUGUUUCACUCUGGGCGCUGGCUUUACAAACUGAGCCAUCAGGGAACUACUGUACGUCAAGAAGUAUCUGAAAAGAACUCUUUUUAACUUAAUUUUGUAUACUUUUUUUNAGCUCCUGCCAGUUUUAGUAA